AUGGCACGACGUCCAUUUGUUUAUUGGGCACAGAACGAAAGAUUACUUUUCCUAACGAUUGAUUUGAAAGAUUCAUCGGAUGCCUGUUAUGCUAUAACAGGCAAAACAUUCGAGUUUCGUGCUACUGGAGUUGGUGCACACGGUCGAUGUGAAUAUUCUUUUCAAUUGCCGUUAUUUUCAGAAGUAGAGAUGGAAAAGGUUGGUCAGGAAGGUGGAAGCAAAUUGUUUUAUGUUUUAAAGAAGAAGGAUGCCAUGUGGUGGCCUACUGUGCUGGAAGAUGGUGGCCGGUAUUCUUGGCUUCGAAUCGAUUUUGACCGAUUCGAAGAUCCAGACGAAAGUGAAACAGAAGAUUAUGAAAUGAUAAAUAUGAAUGCUCGCACACCGGAAGCGGAGAUGGAUGCCAUAACACAGCGUAUUUUCAACGAAUGCCGCACUAAGUCAAAAACAGGGAAGGAAUUUAUCAGUGAAGUAAAACAAUUUGCCAAAAAAUGUAACCACUUGGUAACUCAGUAUCUUUUUGCAUACAACCUAUCAUUAUUUGUACUUCAUGCAUAUAUACUAUUUACUUUGCUCUUCAAAUUCUUCUCUAAUGGAAAUGAAUAUUACAACUCAUUUUGGCAAGAUAAUGCCAACAUGAUAAAAAUUGCAACAGCUCUACAGCUAAUUGACGUUGCACAUGCACUAAUCGGUUUCACAAAAGGUAGUUAUCGAGUCGGGCUUAUGCAGGUUUGUGGACGUUUAGCAUUCCUAUAUAUUAUUGAUGGCUGUCCAGAUGUACAAAAUUCAUUGACUACUUUUAUUUUGAUAAUUGCUUACUUUUCGAUAGAAAUUUUUCGAUAUCCAUACUAUGCAGUCAGCAGUUUGAAAAUUGAAAUUUCGUUACUUACGUGGUUACGGUACAGUGCGUGGAUGUUGCUUUAUCCAAUUGGCUUAUUUCUUGAAGGGGUAACCAUGUAUCGGUCUAUUCCUUAUUAUUAUCGAACUGAAAAAUACAGUGUUAAACUACCUAAUAUUGCAAAUAUUGGUUUCAAUUUCGGUUUUAUUCUUGGAAUCUUUUUCCUUUUCAUAUUCCCUUAUGUGGCAGCACAUUUAUUGGGGCAUAUGUGGUUACAGCGAUGCAAAAAAUAUAAAGGUCUGGUCAAAAAGCUGGCUUAA